AUGGUUGCAAGCUUCCCUUUGAACCUAUGUAUAGUAAAAAUCACCACCGCCUUGCCCAACGUUGCAACAGCCCGGUCACGCCACGGUGUCGACACCGCCAUCAUCCUGCGGAGGGUCUACCCCCUGGACAUCAUUGACAGCUUCAAGCGGAUUAUUGAUCCAACUUACUGGUGGCAGUAUCGAACGACGCCGGCUUUUGACUUGUACACCACAUCAGCCCAGCCCGUCCUGCCCCAGCUGAAGGCGGCAGGCAAGACUCUGAACACAAUUGUCGGUUCAUGUAGAUACUCUUGGCUUCGUGUCAGCUCUGGCCAUCGCGCUACGGCUGGGAUGCGCAUUUUGUACCUGGUCGAAAAUCAGGCAGCCUUCCCGGAUUGGGAAAAAAAAAAGUGCGAACAUCACCAACGGAGCAUUCAUCAGCGUCCACGCUGCGCCUCAUUCGCCAGCAGUCUGGGUGGUAAUCGUGCAGACACUCUCAUUAAUCUCUUUGAUGCCAUCUUCAAGCAGCAGAAUAAGUGUUGGUAG